UCAGGUAGCUCCAAAGUAUAGUCAAAUAAUCAAUGUAACCGACAAUUCUAAACCAAUCGGAUAUUUCAAGUGAAAAUACAAAAUUUCAUUACUCAUCCACCUGCAAUAUGCCCCAGAUAAAACCCCUUCCAGCAGAAUUACAAAAAAUUGCCAUCGCCGAGCUGGGUGAGGUACCAUCAAGAAUUGAUAAAUAUUUGGAAGAUUUUCGAGAAUGGAUAGAGCUGCAACCACAUUUGAGAGUUCGCACCGACGAUCAGUAUCUAAUACAAUUCCUAAGAGGCUCAAAAUACAGUUUGGAAAAGGCCAAGCAAAAGCUAACCUAUACGUGUGUGAUAAAGACAAAAUUUCCCAAAAUGUUUUGUCUAACCAACAUUGAUGAUCUGGGCUUUCGGAAAAUGAUCAAUCCAGGAUCCCUGCUACCCCUUACUAAUAAUUCUCCUUACUAUGAGAAAUACUGGGAAUCCUGUCGAGAGCAAUGA